AUGUCAGGAGAAUAUGUGUCCUACGGGGGGAUCUUUUUUCCCACAUUGAGCUACUCAGAGGAAACACUCAGCUAUGUGGAAAACAAAUUUCAGAUCCUGGAUGAUGAUAUAAUUAAUGUUACUUACCCUAAAUCAGGUACCAACUGGAUGUCGCAGAUCUUGAGCUUGAUCCAUCAUAGUGGGGACCCCACAUGGGUCAACAGUGUGCCAGUGUGGGACCGAGUGCCUUGGAUUGAAGUUACAGAGGGCAUGGAGAAAGCUUUGAAAUAUCCUCCACCAAGGCUCCUGGCUUCACAUCUGCCUUUCCAGCUUUUCCCCAAGUCUUUCAUUCAUUCCAAAGCCAAGAUUAUCUUCACUAUGCGCAAUCCAAAGGACGUGUUGAUCUCGUACUACAAGUUUUCCAAAAUCAUGAAAGCAUUUAGGGAUCAUGGAUCCUUGAAAGAAUUCCUAGAGGACUUCCUUGGAGGGAAUGUGCCCUAUGGUUCCUGGUUCGACCAUGUAAAAGGCUGGAUGGAACUGAAGGGCAGAGACAACUUCUUCUUGGUCACCUAUGAAGACCUGCAACGGGACCUGAGAGGCUGUGUGGAGAAGAUCUGCCAUUUUGUGGGGAAGGAUCUCAGUAGCCAGCAAAUUGACUCUGUGGUAGAAAACUCCUCCUUUCAGAAGAUGAAGAACAACAAGAUGUCCAACUUCACACUCCUACCAGAUACCCACAUGGAUCACCAGAAGGGACAGAUCAUGAGGAAAGGAGUCUGUGAGGACUGGAAGAAUCACCUGACGCAAGAACAAAAAGAACACUUUGACCGUGUUUACCAGGAGAAGAUGCGGGAUAUGAGUGUGACCUUCCCAUGGGAUUGAAGAAAGCCUGUUUAUUCCUCACCUUAUAUAGCAUCUUC